AUGCAGAAUGACAAUAAAGAAGAAGUGCCGGCUCUGGCUGUUUUACUAGGCUCAAACGUUAAAAAUUGGCCAUAUUCUGAGGAUACAUUGGUUCAUGCCCUACAAUUAAGGUCUCAACAAGAACAAACAAAAAGACAAUAUUAUAAACUAGAGAAUGUCAACAAGACUUUAGAGAUGUUGAAAACUGCUGUGAGUGCUGGCAUUCCAGUAAAUCUGAUCCCUCAAUUAUUCAAUAGUGACCAUUCUGGUAUGGAAACCGACCCUGCAGAUUUACGUCAUAUGAAUCAUUCUAAGGAGCAAUCUCCCUUAUUAGCGGUCCCUGACAAGCAGAUGAAAUCGUAUAAGUUCCCUCCUGAAAACCAGUCUUUGAGGCCGCCUACAACAGGUGCUGAAUUGAAAACUCAUCGAAGAACACAUUCUCCCGCUAGAAUAGGUGCUGAAGCUGUGGCAGCUCUUAACAGUAGUAUGGCUCUUAAAGAAAAAGAAUUGCAUGGUAAUGAUGAUGAAAGGCGGAAAACGAUUGGUUCUGAAAGGCAUAUACAUAAGAGAAUGAUGUCAAUGCCCAUCUUCAAAAAUGAACCAACGACUGGAGUGUUAAACUUUUCGGCUUGGCAAACAUAUAACGGUCAAAAUCUAUCAGGGAAUCACCCAGGGUCUGGAAGAAAACUCACGACGACGGGCCCUUCAUCGUUUCCACAUGCAGUAAGGAAACAUAGAAGAACACAUUCUACAAACUCUGCUUUUGGUGUCAUUGAUUUGAACUCCAUCAAUCAGGUUGCUUUUAAACAGUCGAAUUCAAGAGGUAGCUCUGCUAUUGGAAAUAAUGUUAAUGAUCAUGGGGAUAGUCCCACGUCGGGAAAAAAUAAUUCAAAGGUAGAAAAAGAAUCUGACCCAUCCUCCGUUGGAACAAAUGACGAUGCUUUCGGUGAUGAUAGUAGCAAUGACACCACUAUCGAUGAUAUCAAAAAGAUCUCACCUUCUCCUCCUCGAACAUUAUUGAAAGGUCCUAACUAUGUGGACAAUUUAUUAAAUACCUGA